AUGUUUUAUUUUUUCCUUCACUUCCACGUUUCCCCCUCCUUUCUCUUCUUUCUUUUGCUCCUUUUUCUUUCUUUCUUCUAUCUCCUCUUUUUUUUUAUUCAUUCAUUCAUUCAUUCAUUCUUUCUUUCUUUCUUUCUUUCUUUCUUUCUCACUCUGAAGUCGAACAAAGAAAGAAAAUAUACAAACGCGUGGAAAGAUAAUUCCUUGCCUUGCACUGUAAGAAUAACCUCGAGCCGAGGCAAGACAGAACGAAUGUCUAAAACAGCUGACGUCUCUCUAACGGAUAAAAACGGAAGUGGAAGUCGCCUACAUCGAACAAUAGUGAAGCAGAUCCUGUUUCCGUUGCUCUUCUGCGCCGUCUUCCUUCCGCUGGUCUUCAUCAGCCAACAGAACUCUAUUCGACUGAACAAUGGCCUUCGAAGCAGGCGCGAACCGGUCAAGUUGAAAUACAAAUCUCGUUUUCGCUCACAUCCGGGCAACAUUUUUCGAUGGAACCUAACUGACCUCUUUCAAAACGAGACGCAAUCACCGGAGUGCUGCCUUCAAUGCAUUGUAAUUAUUCUUAUCAUUUCAGCACCGGAAAAUAUCGAAAGACGUAACGCUAUUCGAGAAACUUGGUGCCUUCCGCAAAGUUACCAAAAAGAUUCCAUCAAGAGGAGAUGGCAGUGCGUCUUUCUCAUCGGACAGACGCGUAACUCAGUCUUCAUGUCUCUGAUAAAACAAGAGAUGAGGAAACACCGAGACGUUCUACUCGGCAGCUACUUCGACACUUACCGGAACUUGACCUUGAAAGUCUUUCACGGAUUUUACUGGGCCGACAACUUUUGCCGUCCAGAUUUCCUUAAAGCUUUUCAAACAUUAAUAAUCGCUAUUUCUCUCCCACUAUCUCUCUCUCACCCACUCACUCACUCACUCACUCGGUCUGUAUGUCUCUUGAUCUCUUUGCUCUCGCUCUCUGUCUCUGUCUCUCUUUCUCUCUCUCUUCCACGCCUGUCACCGGUUAUCUGUUUAUUGCUCUAUCUUUCUAUCGUUAUUUUUUCCAUAUGCUGUAUCUCACUCAUUAAUUCUUUCUCUCUCUGUCUCGUUCUCUCUUACAGGCAAACACGAGCAUGCGUACAUAUUACACUUCUGUGA